CAAUAAUACAAGUUGUUGCAGUGCGGUCUGAAAGCCUCUGACGUGCCCUUACUGCCACUGUCUCCUCGCGUGGUGUCACCAAAACGAUUUCCACGUAGUGCAUUUAGAGCACAUAUAUAGUCUACGUAUCAAAGCGGAAAGGCGAAAGGCAGAACCGGCGCCUUGGCACUGGUUGACGCAGCUGCAAAAUGGCUCCAAGUGACGAAUCGCCCAGCGGCGCGAACUGCAGGCGGCUGGAGGGAAAGGUUGCGCUGGUAACCGCAGCGACCGCGGGCAUCGGCCUGGCGACGGCUGAGCGGCUUGCACAGGAGGGCGCCAGCGUCUUCAUCUGCAGCCGCAAGGCGAGCAAUGUGGAAGAGACGGUGGCAGCUCUGCGGGGCCGCGGCUUGGAGGUGUCGGGCUGUGCUUGCCACGUGGGCAGCGCGGAGCAGCGGAAGCAGCUUGUGGAGGCAUGUGUCCAGAAGUACGGUGGCAUGGACAUCUUGGUCAGCAACGCCGCCGUGAACCCGGGCGCGGGCCCGCUGGCCGAGACCAGUCCGGACGUAAUCGACAAGAUACUGGACAUCAACGUCAAGGCGGCGGUGCUGCUGGUGCAGGCGGCGCUGCCGCACCUGCGCAAGCGGCCCGGCGCCUCCAUCGUGUUCGUGUCGUCAGUCACCGCCUUCAACCCGCCCGAGCCUAUCGCCAUGUACGCUGUCAGCAAGACCGCACUGCUGGGGCUGACCAAGGGCCUCGCUGCGGAGCUGGGGCCAGAGGGCAUUCGUGUCAAUUGCGUGGCACCCGGCAUCGUACCCACCAAGUUCAGCGCCGCGCUGGUGGAGACCCCCGAGCUGGCCGCGCAGCAGGCCAGCACCACCAUGCUCAAGCGCCUGGGCCGGCCGCAGGAGCAGGCAGCGGCCAUCGCCUACCUGGUGUCGCCUGACGCCGCCUACGUGACCGGCGAGACGCUGGUGGUGUCGGGGGGCAUGCACAGCCGCCUGUGAGGACUAGGCGGUGGGGUGGAGGUGGAGGAGGUGGUGGAGGUGGAGGUGGAGGAGGAGGUGGAGGAGGGGGGCUGUUAUAGUUACAGUGCUUGGCGAAGCAUGGUAGGUAUCCUUGCAAGCCCGGGGGCGAUGGAUUCGCAGGCGAGGUGGUGGGGGGUACCGCGACACUGGGGAAGGGUGAAGGGCAUGCGAUGGGACAGGUGAAGGGCGGCGAAAUGCUGCGACGGUCAAGGGAGUAAAGCGCAGGCAGGCCGCAGGCGCAGUAACGAAGUGGGCGAGCAAGUGAACGGGGCACAUCAGGUUCCUUGAAUGGUAUGAGAAUGGAUACAUACCGUACUGCCAAAAAGGUUUCGUUUUAUUAAAGUUCGGGAGGGCUGCUAAAUAUUGCUGGAAUAAAUUCGAUACUUUUUAAGUUCGUGGGCGG